AUGCAAAAUAAUUUACAAAAAUCUGAAAUUGAUCGAUUAUAUGAGAAGUUCCACGCCUCAUUGUCGAAGAAAGCAGAGCUAAACUCAAAGAUAAAUGACGAAAAUAAAAGAGCAUUAAGGAUAGAGGCCAGAAAAAGAACUAUUUCGGAUUUAUUGCGAGUUGUCUAUGCUAUAAAGCAAAAGACGUCACAACACACUACAGAGACCACAGAAGAAGAAGUUAAGAAUAUUAUUCAGCGUUGCACAGGGCUUUCAAUGUAUGAUGAAUGUGCCGCUCGGUGUAUUGAGUACGACAAAUUGCAGAAAGAACUAAAAUUUCACAAAUAUCCGCUUAGUCCAAUUUUUAUCAUGCAUCCCAUUGUAUUUGACACCCGAAAGGAGAUAUUCGCUAUUUUGAACAUGGGUGUUAUGCCUACCGUACAUCAGACCGAUUUUUACAACAAAUAUUUUAUAUACCCGAUAAAUUAUAGGGCGGAAAGAGUUUUCAGAGGUUACCAAUCGGACCACAGCAACUUGCUGGUAUAUACAUGUGUAAUUUUGAGCAAGGACGAAAAGAUCAUUUUUGAAAUAUACGACAACAACAAGCUGCUUGUAUCCGGUGGUAGGUCAAUCUGGAAGAAUUUCUGUGAUCUCUUCAAGAUGAACAUUAAAGAUGUCAAGCUCGAAGAUUUCUUUGCACUGACUAACAAAAGUGUUCAAUCUAUGAUAGAGGACUCAGUAGAUUUGAAAUUAUAUGAAAAUUAUAUCCCGUUGAAAGAACGAAAAUAAAAGCUCCACUUAGUAAUAGUAUUUGUAUUAAUGAGGAGUGAGGAAGUAACAUCAGGCUGCCAUGAAAUAUUGGGUACUGUUCUAUUACAUGUCUGAAUGUUGUUAGGCGGGUUUGUAGCGUUGAAUUUCAUAGUAACUACAGGUUUGGUAUUUAAAGAGUACAGUAAUAUGGAAAAAAGGUUUUUUGAAUUCCCACGGCAGCACAAAACAACAUAGAUGCAUUUUUACAAAUAUUGUGACAUAUCGAUAUGGUGUAACUUAGGUACAGAAGAUCCUGUGAAUAAACACGGCCAUCAAAAGAUGAUUCUUAUUUUAAAUUGGGUAUGAGGAGGUGUCAAC